UAACGACUACGACUAACAAGACGUGGCCGGCGCACGGCAGAAUAGCGAACGGUUCGGUUAACAUGGCGACUGCCGGUGUGAAGGGAAACAUGAGAGUUCCGCCGCAAAAUUCAAUGUGGCAAAAUGUUGGAGGACUCAGUUUACUUAAAUUUACGAUUUUAACUUUAGCAUGGUUGUUAGGCUUUAGUACCAGACUCUUUGCUGUGAUUCGCUUUGAAAGUAUAAUCCACGAAUUUGAUCCUUGGUUUAAUUACAGAGCUACACAUUAUAUGGUGAAGCAUGGAUUUUAUAAUUUUCUUAAUUGGUUUGAUGAAAGAGCUUGGUAUCCUUUAGGCCGUAUUGUUGGAGGAACCGUUUAUCCUGGUUUAAUGAUCACUUCAGGGACUAUUCAUUAUAUUCUUAGUUUAUUAAAUAUAACAGUUCAUAUUAGAGACAUCUGUGUUUUCCUAGCUCCUGUGAUUAGUGGUUUGACUGCAUUAUCAACUUACUUCUUAACAAAAGAGUUAUGGAGUGUACCAGCUGGCUUGUUUGCUGCCUGUUUUAUAGCUAUAGUGCCUGGUUAUAUAAGUCGAUCAGUUGCUGGAAGCUAUGAUAAUGAAGGAAUUGCUAUUUUUGCCCUUAUGCUUACAUAUUAUCUAUGGGUGAAAUCUGUUAAAACUGGGGCUAUAUUUUGGUCUGUGCUGACAGCAUUGUCGUAUUUUUACAUGGUUUCUGCUUGGGGUGGAUAUGUCUUCAUCAUCAAUUUAAUUCCACUUCAUGUAUUUGUGUUACUGUUAAUGGGAAGGUAUUCUAAUAAAAUUUUUGUUGCAUAUACAUCAUUUUUUAUCCUUGGACUAAUUCUGUCUAUGCAAAUACCAUUUGUUGGUUUUCAGCCUGUGAGAACAAGUGAACAUAUGGCAUCAGCUGGUGUUUUCAUUCUAUUGAAUGCAUAUGCCUUUUUGAAGUAUUUACAGUCUUUUAUGUCGAAGUCGGAAAUAAAAACCAUAUUCAUUUUUGCUGUGGCUCUUAUAGCAAUUUUAGUGUUCCUGGGAGUUGUUCUGCUCACUUACGCUGGUUAUAUUGCUCCUUGGAGUGGAAGGUUUUAUUCCCUGUGGGAUACUGGUUAUGCAAAAAUUCACAUUCCGAUUAUUGCAUCAGUUUCAGAGCAUCAACCCACCACCUGGUUUUCUUUCUUUUUUGAUUUACAUAUCUUGGUGGCUACGUUCCCCGUAGGUUUAUGGUAUUGCAUUCAAAAUGUGAACGAUGAACGUGUUUUCAUUGUUCUCUAUGCUAUCACUGCUGUAUAUUUUGCUGGUGUGAUGGUUCGAUUGAUGUUGACUCUUACGCCAGUAGUAUGUGUUUUAAGUGCCAUCGCAUUUUCUCAGCUUGUAGAAUUAUAUCUACAAGAUGAUGAAUGUCCCAAAACUUCAUUAACCCCAUCUGAUAGUGAUUCUGAAGAAAGUGAUGGCACUGAUAAAAAGGGAAAUAAAAAUCUGUAUGAUAAGGCUGGAAAGAUACGAAAAAUUAAAACUGACCAGUCAAGAGAUAAUCAUGGCUUAGGAGCUAAUAUACGUAGUAUUGUGAUAUUAGUAGUCAUAAUGAUUCUUAUGAUGUUUGCCGUCCACUGUACUUGGGUUACAAGUAAUGCCUAUUCUAGUCCCAGUAUUGUUUUAGCCAGCUACAGUUCAGACGGGUCUCGUUUAAUACUGGAUGAUUUUCGUGAAGCCUAUUACUGGCUUUCACAAAAUACAGCACAAGAUGCAAGAAUAAUGUCCUGGUGGGAUUAUGGUUACCAGAUAGCAGGAAUGGCCAAUCGCACAACGUUAGUGGAUAAUAACACGUGGAAUAACAGUCAUAUUGCUCUAGUUGGUAAAGCGAUGGCAUCUAAUGAAAGUGCUGCAUAUGAAAUAAUGAAAUCUUUAGAUGUUGAUUAUGUUCUAGUAAUUUUUGGUGGUGUGAUAGGAUAUUCAGGUGAUGACAUAAAUAAAUUUUUGUGGAUGGUGAGGAUAGCAGAAGGAGAACAUCCUAGGGACAUUAAAGAAACUGAUUACUACACAAGCAGAGGAGAAUUUAGAGUUGAUGACCAUGGAUCACCUACUUUGUUAAAUUGUUUAAUGUACAAGCUAAGCUAUUAUCGUUUUGGAGAAUUACAGUUGGAUUUCCGCACGCCAGCUGGAUUUGAUCGAACGAGGAGCAUGGAAAUAGGAAAUAAGAAUUUUGAAUUGGAGCAUUUGGAAGAGGCAUAUACUACAGAGCAUUGGCUCGUGAGGAUUUAUAGUGUGAAGAAAGACAACAACCGACCACGCAUUCCAUAUAACCAAAGAAAAAUCAAAUCCUCUAAUAUAUAUAUUUCCAAGAAGACUUCAAAACGAAAGAAGGGAGCCAUCAAAAAUCGCCCUGUAGUUGUGAAAGGAAAGAGAACGAGUCGAAAUUCGAAGAAAUAAAAUGUGUGGAAUAUGUAAUUGCCUCUGUGUUUGGGGUAAUUAUAAUUCAUCAGUGCCUCAUGACUGAUAAACAUACAUAUAUUCAAUGAGCAUAAAAUUCCAUUUGUAUAAACGGACCAUGAAGCUGUUUUAUAUAUCAAAGCAAACUGCAAGGUGCUGUACAUGUGCUCACACCUAUAACAUCUAAAUAUCUGACACCGAAGCUUGGCGAUAGAAAUGUGAAUAUACAAAAGAUUUAUGAACAUUGUAUUUGUAAAGCUGUUUUGUUUGAACAUGUUCCUAAUUCUUUAUACUAUUUGUAAUUCAGUUUAGACACUUCCUUAAAAAUUAUGGCUUUAAAUUAAGUAUUAUGCUUGCAAAUUCCAAAAGUAAGAAUUCAAAAUUAAAUGUUUUAAAACCAAAUGUAUUUUAGAAAUAUCUAAUCAAAAUCUGUAACAACGAAUUCUUACACCAAAUGUAAAUUAUCUUGUAACCAAAUACUAAAAUUUUAUUGUAUUUAUUUGCACAGUUUAAAUAAAAUUUAAAAUUUUCUA